CGAGGUGAACGUGUUAAAUCGAAAGUGUUAUUUAAAAUGAAAUUCCUGCUCUUAGUUAUGUUGGCGUUAGUGGCCAUGACCAACAGUUACGAGUUUCAGGAGCGGUUAGAUGGUUACGAUCGCUCCAUAUCCAGCCAAGUAGUCGACCACAUUGAACGCAUACGCGCACAAAUGCCGUGCGGCUUCCCUGGACUCGGUUUGGGCCCAUUAUCUCCGGCGCAGCUCUCCCAUCGCCAAAUAGCGCUCAAUUCCGAUGGUUUAGCUUUGGCGGCUGAAAUCGAUAACUUUGUACUCUACGGUCUAGAUGACUUCAAUAUCGUGCAGUUCAAGAUUAGUGUUUUAACACGGAAGAUCAACUUCCAAUUUCGCUGGCAAAAGGUUCAUUUGGUUACCGAUUACAAAAUGGAUGUGAAUAGUGGCAAUCGUAUAAAGUUAGGGCGCAAUGGGGGCGCCAAAUUUGCCAUUGAAGAUUUGAUUGUAGUAGGCUCGGCUAAAUACAGCAUUAUUGGGAAGGUGCGCUUGAGGGAAUUCAAAGCUAGCGUCACCAUUGGAAAUGUGAAAUCGGAAAUUGAAAAUUUGUCACAAAUCAAAAUUGUCAAUAAGAAAUUGAAUGAAAUUAUUGAGGAAUGGAUUUUGUUGGCGGUGAAUGAGAAUACUGAGGAAAUGGAGGAGAUGGCUAAUGACUUUGUGGUGCCAUUGGCGAAUGAUUUGAUUGGCGAUCGCACUUUGGCUGAUCUUAUUGCAUUGAUUGUUGGCGGUGGCGGUAGCAGUGGCGAGGAUACACCGAAGGAAUGCGCAAGCCAAUUGGUUUCCUUGUGAUAAGCUAAUAUGAAUUCAUAUUAUAUGAAUAGAUAUGUGUAAGGAUUUUUUACGAACAAACAAAAUAA